ACACAAAUUUAAAUUGCACUCUGUGGUGUUUGGUUUCAGCCUCUCUAACCGGAAGCUGUGUGUCCUCACUCCGUGUCACUUGACACUGGACAUUGAGGGAAAACGGAGCAGAAGAGCGAAACAUGGCGACUUCGAACAAUCCGCGGAAAUUCAGCGAGAAAAUCGCUUUACAUAACCAGAAGCAGGCAGAGGAGACAGCGGCGUUUGAAGAAGUGAUGAAGGACCUCAGCAUUACCCGGGCAGCAAGGUUGCAGCUGCAGAAAACUCAGUAUUUACAGCUGGGGCCGAACCGCGGGCAGUACUAUGGAGGAUCUUUGCCAAACGUCAACCAGAUCGGAAACGGCGCUGUCGAGAUGUCUUUUCAGAAUUCAGGGCUGGACGCGAACAGAUCGACACGACACCACGGGCUGGUGGACAGAGUGUACCGGGACCGGAACCGCAUCACAUCACCCCACCGAAAACCCCUCUCUAUUGACAAACAUGGACGCCAGAUUGACAGCUGUCCAUAUGGCUCAGUAUAUCUGUCACCACCACCUGAUACUAGCUGGAGGAGGACAAACUCUGACUCAGCACUGCACCAGAGCACAUUAACUCCUGCCCAGCAGGCCUCUUUCACCGGAGGGUCACAGGAGCUGCAGCCAAAACGAGUUCUCCUGCUCACUGUACCAGGGGCUGAAGCAAUUAAACAAGAGGCUGAUGAAGAUGGACAGAAACAGAACUGGGAAUGCAAAAAGAACAUUUCAAGGUCCAAGCCCUGCAAAGUUCCAGGAAUCCACAUAUUUCCGUCUCCUGACCAGCAGUUGACCACUUCACUGAAACCAGCAGCCCACAACACUGGCGGUUCUCUUCCUGACCUGACUAACAUCCAGUUUCCUCCUCCACUGCCCACCCCGCUCGACUCAGAUGAUGCAGCAGCCGCCUCGUUCAGCUCCUCCAACAGCACACAGACCCUGGCUAACACGCAAGGAGUGAACACAUCUCAGCCCACAGUAACCAUGGAAAUACAGCCUGGGCAGGACAACAUGGUUCCUCUCAUCCUGAAUGCAGGAGACUCCCACCAGCACCAGAACCUGCAGCUUUCCCCAACAUCUCCACCUCUCAGUCUCUCUCAGCUGUGCUCCCACCAGGCGGCCAUCAAUGCCAUGAAUCUUGAGCAGCAGCUGUCCCAGUAUGCCUUUUUCAACCAGCAGCCGUCGUCCCAGAACCACCAGAGCCAGCAAAUUCUCAAGACAGGUCUGGUCCAGCUGUCGUCCUCUGUGAACUCCUGCUCCACGUCAGACAACCAGACGUCCUCGCACACCAACAUGACCAUAGACAUGAACACGGCCUCUUCCCUCCAACAGUACCGCAGUAGGGUUGGAUCCUCUGCCAAUCAGUCUCCAACCUCCCCCGUCUCCAAUCAAGGCUUCUCACCUGGAGGCUCGCCUCAACAUAACUCCAUACUGGGCAGCGUGUUUGCAGACUUCUAUGACCAGCAGCUCCCAUCGAUUCAGGCCAGCGCUCUCUCACAACAGUUGGAGCAGUUCAACAUGAUUGAAACCCCCAUCAGCUCCGACAGCCUGUAUAACCAGACCUCCACCCUCAACUACUCCCAGGCUCUUAUGAUGGGUUUGACGGGUGGCCAUUGCAACCUGCAGGACUCGCAGCAGCUGGGCUACAGUAGCCAUGGCAACAUCCCCAACAUCAUUCUCACAGUGAGUGGAGAGUCUCCCCCGAGCCUGCCCAAGGACCUGACCGGCUCGCUGUCCACAGAUGUCAGCUUUGAUAUUGACUCCCAGUUCCCGCUCGACGAUCUGAAAAUUGACCCACUGACGCUUGAUGGCCUGCACAUGCUCAAUGACCCGGACAUGGUCCUUGCUGACCCCGCCACAGAGGACGCGUUUCGCCUUGACCGGCUCUAACCACUGCACAGGUGUGUUGAGGCUGCUGCCCCGGGGUUAAGCUUGAGGUUUACAUCUGAGAGGAUAAAACCAAGAGAUGCAGAUUUCUGAAGCGUGCUGGUUGAGACCUUGCCAGGGCAGAGCAUCAAUUUCAAAUCAACCCAAACACAAUCAAACCCCCACAAGAGAGCUUUUAAAAGAGACGAUCAUUGUAGAAAAAUGCAUUGAAAUGGAUGGCGGCCAGCGGCCCUUUUCUUCAGAACCGGAAAGAUGGCUUACAACUGAUGGCAUUCAAGUUAUGGUAUGAAUGAUGUUCAUGGUUCUGUCUACUUUUUUUUUGCAAAUGACACAUCCAAUUUUAAAUAAUGUUAAACGCCUCAUUUGAGGAAGCUUAAUCAUGAGAGCAGAAGGAGCCUAGUCUCUUACUCUCCAUCAAAGACUGACUAAACCGUGUCUGCAGAGCAAACCCUUACCAAUACCCAUAACUUGCCAUAGAUUAGCUUGAUCAAGUUAAACCUCCUUCUGUGCCAAGUUCUCACUAGUACAUUCAGUUUGGAUGUUUAUUUAGUGCUAAUCCCCGUGUGGAUUGUCAUAAAAGCCAAAGUCAGACCGGGUUUGAUUUUUCCCAAAUUUCCUCCAAAGUCUUCAGUAAUGAUGAGUCAUGAUUUUGCCACCUAAGUUAUUUUUAGGAGAUGCUGAAUUUUGAUUUUAACCAUAGUAAAUAGCAGUCAUCAGUUAUGCAUGAAAUCACAGAUCACUGUGCAUACUUGUUUUGCCUUAAUAGCUUGACAUUUUGGUUUUCAUGCAAAGCUGACUAUUAUGUAAAUGAGAAGAAAAAAAAACAUUUUAAUUGUAAUCUGUACUGUUUUAAUGGUGGUUUGGCCUACAUCAUUCAAAGUUGCAUUACUGUAGUUGUAUUUUUGAGGUGUGCUGAUCUUUAUCCAUUAUUUCAUCCAUCGUCACUACCACGUUGUUUUCCAUAUUCAUUUAUCAGUCAAAUAUAAAUGGAUAUAUUGGUUCUUUGUUAAGAAAUAGAUGUUUACAGGCUUGUUUUGUUUUAUAUUUUACAUGUACAGAAUGUGAUUAGAUUUUGCGUAAUGGUAUCUAUGCAAAACUACAGCGAUUGAUUUAGGACUGUCAAAUGAAACAGAAAAAAUGAACCCUUAUAAAAAGAAGCCAAUGUGCAAGAUUCUUAUUGAAUGCACAGCGAUGGUGCCAUGUUAUAUUUCUUUUGAUACUUUUGAAACUCUUUACAUUUUUCUUUCAGAUAGUAGAGAGAGAAAAAGGCUCAGUGAGUGUGGUGGCAUACAGUAGAAACUCUCCUGGAUUACUCCCAAAGAUGUGACCUCAGUGUAGUUGAAAUAUAUAUAUUUUUCCAGACAAUUGAACUGCCUCUAUACUAGAACAGCAUUGUUGAUGCAAUGAGAAUGUAUUUAGGUCACAUCUGUACAGUUGUGUUGUUUCCAUCUUGUCAUCCUCAUUGCCUCUCAUAUCUAGCCUUUAUGUACUGUAGGACCAAAUAUAUUUCACCUGUUAUUUUUCUCCCUGAAAAGGAGAAUACUGUUUUAAGUUUUAUAUAUUAUGACUUUUUUGUUUCCUUGGCACUACACUGACACUGAAUAUCCGUUUCCUCGUCAAGCUCGUGUUGUGUGUGCCAUAUAUCGAUGUGUUUCAUGUCUCUCCGUUCUGCAUUUAUACUAGCUUCAAACAUUUGCUCUUUAAAAAAAACCUCUGUAAAGUCAGUGUGUUUCUCGGUGAGUGAAUACAUUGGAUUCAUUCAUUCAUAACCGUGUCCCAUAUCUCAUAUUGCACUUUAUGCAUUCAUUUUAAACACUGAUUUCUGAGAGUUUAUAUACCAACCCCCCCGUGACUGUUAUGUGCACUGGACCUGUGUGCCCUGUCUUUAAUUAAACUUGCCUUCUUGUAAAAAAAAAAAAAAAAAAAAAAAAGAAAAAAUGCUAAAUUAAAUUAUAGUUAUUUUUGAAAAGUCAUAUACAGAUAGUCUAUUUAACAGAGCUGUUUUUACUUAAUCGUGAGUAUUUUGUUAGCUGUCAACUGUUAAACAGUUUUUCCUAAAUUUAGGAAAACAUUUGUAUUUUGGGACAGUGGCGAUAAGAGGUGUGUCGGCCAUGUUCCCAUGCUGCAGCUCUAAACUAAAAACGUGUAUAAUGAAUCACUGAUUAACAAAUUAAAAGUUUAUUAUUAAAAUAGUUAUAGAUACAGGUACAAUAUAGUGGGAUUUCUCAGAUGAGUACAUUUGAAGUUUGCAGGGCAUAUUAUCAACAUUGUGCCAGAUGGGAUCAACCAAUCCCUGAAAAUAUUUUAUGGAAUUCAUAUUGUAAUUCAGUCCAGAUGUAAUUAUUGUCAAAAUGCCUAUAAAAAGAAUAUAGGUUCAUUUCUAGGACACUAUAUCGUCAUUUCCCAUCAAUAUAUUCCACACUAUGAAAAAAGGCUAUUCUAUAGCUGCAACAUUGUGUCUGUUGAUGUGUGUCAAGGUCCUCCUGUGCCAGCAUAUUUCACCAUUAUUCCUACAUGAUGUAAAUCAAAACUGUUCGGACAAAUGUUAUCCAAUCAGUUGGAAUUAAGUUGUUGAGCUUGAAGAUUGUUUUUUCUUUUUUCUUUUUUUGAAAAUACUCUCAUGUUUUGAAUGCAUCAUGUUUUGAUGCAGUUUUUCUUUUCUAUUUUAACAAUGUUGUGACUGCAUGAAUCUCUGGACAUGUUUUAUGGCUUGGGUUUUUCUUUCGUUUGAAGGGUGGGGCUUUGUUUGUCUGAGUGUUUUGUUUUUCUCGUUUGGUGAUAUUGUCCUCUGUCUCUUUUUACUUCAGCGUCAUGUGUAGGCUAUGUAUUUGCUAAGUGAAGCCUAAAAGCAUCAGAAAUAUGGUAAUCUGCCUUUUAUGCACAUGUAGAAGCUGUUGUUUGGUACUAUGUUUUACACUACAAUAUACGGUGUGUGCUUAUUUUCUGUGCAAACCCCCACAGAGUUUUAUUAUGUCAUGGUAAAUCUAGCCUAGCUUUGUAUAUUGCUGUAUGGUAGGAACAAUGUUUUUCGUGCUUUAUGUGAUAUGAUGUCAAAGUGAGAAAAUGCACUGAGAAAUACUGUGCUGCAAUAUGUCAUUGUGGCUCUAUAUUCUCUGCUGGACCUCAGACUUUAUAGUGAGCCUGACAUCUUUGUAGGUCCAUUUUCUGUUUUGGUGUUUCUUUGAACUUUUUUGUGCUCAUGUAGAUAGCUCUGACUGACGUGUCGCCUGUUACUGCCACCUUUUUAUGCAUCAACGUUCAGGUAUCCAUUGGUGUUAUACCAGUGUUUACAGAGACAAGAGUUUACAACAGAGCAAUGUUUGUUUUUCUCUCCUUAAAUAUGUUUCAACUUUGUUAGAUACCGUAUAUGGAAUAACAGACUAAAUAUGAACCACUUGCAGUGUAGAAUAGCAAAAUUAUUUUGCCAUGUGAAUUUAACAGUGAAUCAGUAAUGUUAUUUGAAUUGAUUGUAUGACCAUAAUUUCAACUAUAUGAUAAUAACGAUAUAUAUUCUAUUUGAUGAGCUUUUAAAGUUAUAUGAAUUAAUUAUGCAUUAUGCAUUUCGAGGUCCUUAAAGCAACUUAAUAAUUUAUAGACUUUUAUUCUGCGGAAAUUCCCCUUUCUGUGUACUUGCUAUGAGCAGCUACAUGUCAUCAGAAGUUUUUUUUUUUUUUUUACAGAAUAGGUACUAUUUAGAUUUUACUGAAUUUAGUUUGACAGUAAAUUUGUCAUCAGCACUGUAUCUUCUCUUUUUUUUGUGUGUGUUAUAUCAAUGGUUGAACCAAAAAGCCAAAGUUCAAAACAGCCAUAAAUGAAAGAAUACUUAGACAUUUUAUCCUUCUAACUGUUGAAACACAUCCUCUCCCUUUGUUUUUCAGAAUACUUUAUUGGGGUACAAAUUACUUCUCAUAUAAACUAUGAACUCAUCAAUGCAUUGUUUACAUUGAACGUAAUAGCAUAACUUGAAAGAGAUGCGACUCAUAUAUCCAGUCCACUACCUGAGAAGUCUCUUUUCUGCAUGAUGCUGAAUUUCAAAAUAUCUCAGAAAAUACCUUGACAUGUUGGUUUUUUUGCUUUAAAUUAAGUAUUUAGUUUUGCCUAUGUUUUAUAAAUCUCUACACUAUUUUGUAGUGGGUAUCACUAUAUACAUCUUGUCUGAGAAAUAACAUAUACAUACAGUAAGAAAUAACAUAAGAAAUAGCAGAUACAAAUACUGUACAGUCAGGCUAUAUAUAUAGAUAUAUGUAGAUUGACUUUGUGACGCAACAAGUUAAAACACAAACUGAAUCAGGAAGGUGAAACGGAGUCAUAGGCGUGUACAGUCACUCAGUGGGUUACCCACAAACAUCUAUGAAUCCUUUGUGUGCAUUUUGAGGAACCACUGCUGGUUCAAGCCUCAUACAAUGGCAGCUAAAUUGUAUAAAAUGUAUUUUGUUUCUGAGUACAGUGAUACUAAACACUGCACAUGCAUUUUACUGCCGUGAAGGGGUGCACUAUGCUCCUAUAGUACACUCACAGCAACAGGAAACAUUAUGCUCAUAGAAUAUGCAAAAUCUAGCAUCCUGCAGCACAGCUUGGCAAGUUGUUACUUUUUUGAGCUAACCCUUUAAAAAUUAUGGUUCAAACCUUGUUCUUCAAAUUGUGUGUUUUCUAUUUUAACUGUCAAAUCGGACCAAAAGAAUCCAAGUUGGCUGUAAAUGUGUGCUACAUUAAAGAUGGAAUACGCUUUUGUUUGAACUGUACCUGAUGUAUUUUACUUGUGUGAAGGCUUCUGUCUUUGUAUCUUUGCAUUAUUAUUUGUAAAUGAAAUGAAAAUAAAUAUAUCUGAAUAAGCAAA